AUGAUUUUUGACGUCGUACAGAGGCGUUUCGGAUGUACCAGGAAUCGAUGUGAAACGACGACCGCGGUGCGCCGCCGCAAUAUUCGGUGUACGUGUACCGGCCCUUUCGGACGGGGUCUCGUUUUCGCAUUUGCGCGGUUAACGGAAACUGCCGCCGCCGCGGCGGUGUAUCGACGUCGUCGUUCCGCGUGCGCCCCUGGUACCCGAGACGCGUCUGCGCGCAGCCAACGCCUCUGUCCGUUCCCUCGUAACCACGAGAACGCCACGCGGUGCGACGCGAGAGCGGUGAAAAUGAUUUUCGACGUCAUGCAGAGACGUUUAUGGACAUACCAGGAACGCAUAUUGUGGAACGACGACGCGUACCGGCGUACGUCGACGCGCACCGGCCCACGCGUUGGACCGAAUCUCGUUUUCGUGUUUACGCGGAAACGCGGGCAAACGCGUUUUGGGUACCAGGGGCACAUGCGAAACGCGUCGACGGACGCGUCGGAAGCGCCGCAGCGCCGUUCGGUGUACAGCAGUCCCGCGGGGUGCGGCAGCCGCGCACGCGGGCUAGGGCGGUACACCACGACGGUCGGUUGCGUAGCGGAAGCGGAGACCGAAAAUUCGAAAAACAACAAAACCGGUAACGCCGUAUAA